ACACAAAAAAGUGACCAACCAAUAGCCUUUGCAAACUGUAGCAUUCUUUUGUUCAAGUUUCUGAGUAUUUGCUUGAAUUCGUAACCAAUGGCCGGAAAAGGAGAAGGACCCGCCAUCGGGAUCGACCUCGGAACCACCUACUCUUGCGUCGGAGUGUGGCAGCACGACCGUGUCGAGAUCAUAGCCAACGACCAGGGGAACAGAACGACGCCGUCCUAUGUUGCCUUCACUGACACUGAGCGGUUGAUUGGUGACGCCGCCAAGAACCAGGUCGCCAUGAACCCCGUCAACACCGUCUUCGAUGCGAAGAGGUUGAUUGGUAGAAGAUUUAAUGACCCAUCUGUUCAGGGUGAUAUUAAGCACUGGCCUUUCAAGGUCGUUGCGGGUCCUGCUGAAAAGCCAAUGAUUGUGGUUUCAUACAAAGGUGAAGAGAAGCAAUUUUCUGCUGAGGAGAUUUCGUCUAUGGUUCUCACCAAGAUGCGGGAGAUUGCAGAGGCCUAUCUCGGCUCAACGGUGAAAAAUGCAGUUGUUACUGUGCCGGCUUAUUUCAAUGAUUCACAGCGUCAGGCUACGAAGGAUGCUGGGGUCAUUGCUGGUCUUAAUGUGAUGCGUAUUAUCAAUGAGCCUACUGCUGCAGCCAUAGCUUAUGGUCUCGACAAGAAGGCAACCAGUGUAGGGGAGAAGAAUGUCUUGAUUUUUGAUCUUGGUGGAGGGACAUUUGAUGUCUCUCUGCUUACAAUUGAAGAGGGUAUUUUUGAAGUCAAGGCUACUGCUGGUGAUACUCAUUUGGGAGGAGAAGAUUUUGAUAACAGGAUGGUGAAUCACUUUGUUCAGGAGUUCAAGAGAAAGCAUAAGAAGGAUAUAACUGGAAAUCCAAGAGCUCUUCGAAGAUUGAGGACGGCUUGUGAGAGAGCAAAGAGGACUCUCUCAUCCACUGCUCAAACAACCAUUGAGAUUGACUCUCUGUAUGAGGGUGUUGAUUUCUAUACAUCUAUCACUCGUGCAAGAUUUGAAGAGCUGAACAUGGAUUUGUUUAGGAAGUGCAUGGAGCCGGUUGAGAAGUGUUUGAGAGAUGCAAAGAUGGACAAGAGCAGUGUCCAUGAUGUUGUGCUGGUGGGUGGUUCUACUAGGAUUCCAAAGGUGCAACAGUUGCUUCAAGACUUCUUUAAUGGAAAGGAGUUGUGCAAAAGCAUCAACCCUGAUGAGGCUGUAGCUUAUGGUGCAGCUGUGCAAGCUGCUAUUUUGAGUGGUGAGGGCAAUCAGAAGGUGCAGGACCUAUUGCUUCUGGAUGUCACUCCUCUGUCCUUGGGUUUGGAAACUGCUGGAGGUGUUAUGACUGUUUUGAUCCCAAGGAAUACUACCAUUCCGACUAAGAAGGAGCAGGUGUUCUCUACAUAUUCCGACAACCAACCCGGUGUCUUGAUUCAGGUCUUUGAGGGUGAGAGGGCUAGAACCCGCGAUAACAACUUGUUGGGCAAAUUUGAGCUCUCUGGCAUUCCUCCUGCUCCAAGGGGUGUUCCCCAGAUUACCGUGUGCUUCGACAUUGAUGCCAACGGUAUCCUCAAUGUCUCUGCUGAGGACAAGACAACUGGACAGAAGAACAAGAUUACCAUCACAAAUGACAAGGGAAGACUAUCCAAGGAGGAUAUCGAGAAGAUGGUACAGGAGGCUGAGAAAUACAAAUCAGAAGAUGAAGAGCACAAGAAGAAGGUUGAGUCCAAGAAUGCCCUGGAGAAUUAUGCCUACAACAUGAGGAACACAAUUAAGGAUGACAAGAUUGCUUCAAAGCUCGACGCAGCCGACAAGAAGAAGGUUGAGGAUGCAAUCGAACAGGCAAUACAAUGGCUUGAUGGCAAUCAACUUGCAGAGGCAGAGGAGUAUGAUGACAAGGUGAAGGAGCUUGAGGGCAUUUGCAACCCGAUCAUUGCUAAGAUGUACCAGGGUGGUGCUCCUCCUGACAUGGCUGGUGGCAUAGAUGAAGAGGUUCCUCCUUCAGGUGGCAGUGGCGCUGGUCCUAAGAUUGAAGAAGUAGACUAAGUGUUUGUGGAAUUGUGUUUGUCUUGGAAGGAGGAAUGGUUUCUGUUGUUCUUUUAAUUGUCUUUGUUUGAGUCUGUCUUCUAUUCUGAACAAUUUGCUUUGCCAAGAUUUUAUUGAUAAUUUUAGCAGCUUCUUUCUUUCCCAUAAUACUUCCUUGAUCUGUUCAUGGUGGUGAGUUGGUGAUUAGUACCGUUGAAUACUCCAAUAUGCUUUGAUU